AUGGCAGCAGCAGCAGGCAGCGGCGGCAACAGUGCAGCAGCAGCAGCAGUGCAGCAGCAGCAGCAGCAGCAGUGCCAGCGGCAGCAGAUGCGGAGACCCACAGGGAAGAAAUCUCACUGUGGGAAACGUUGCAAAUCUUCAUCCGAUUUUAAAAUACACCAGCGAGUACACACAGGAGAGAAAUCUUAUAGCUGUGAUCAAUGUGGGAAGAGUUUUAAUCAUUCAAGAAAUCUGAAAACACACGAGCUGACACACAGAGGAGAGAAGCUUCACCACUGUUCAGAUUGUGGGAAAAGUUUUUCAACAUCACAGACUUUGAAGCUGCACCAGAGAACACACACAGGAGAGAAUCCUUAUAGCUGUGAUCUGUGUGGGAAGAGAUUUGGUAGAGCCGAUCAACUGAUUGUUCACCAACGAACACAUUCAGGAGAGAAACCUUAUAGCUGUGAUCAAUGUGCGAAGAGUUUUGCUCAGCCAAGCAACCUGAAAACACACCAGCGGACACACACAGGAGAGAAGCUUCACCACUGUUCAGAUUGUGGGAAAAGCUUUUCAACAUCACAGACUUUGAAGCUGCACCAGAGAACCCACACUGGAGAGAAGCCUUAUCGCUGUGAUCAAUGUGGGAAAAGCUUCAGUCAAGCCGAUCAACUGAUUAUACACCAGCGAGUACACACAGGAGAGAAACCUUAUAGCUGUGAUCAGUGUGGGAAGAGUUUUACUCAGUCAAGCAGCCUGAACAGACACCAGAGAACACACACAGGAGAGAAACCUUAUAGCUGUGAUCAAUGUGGGAAAAGCUUUGGUAGAGCUUAUUAUCUGACUGAACAUAAGCAAACACACACAGGAGACAAACCUUACCACUGCUCUGACUGUGGGAAGAGCUUUGCUUCCCUAAGAAACCUGACACAACACCAGAGAACACACACAGGAGAGAAACCUUAUAGCUGUGAUCAAUGUGACAAGAGAUACUCUCAUUCAAGUUCUCUGAUUAAACAUCAGAAAAUACAUGCGGGAGAUCCACAGAGUGUGGAAUGAUCUCCAACACCAGACCUGGAUAGUAGAACACAGAGUGUGGAAUGAUCUCCAACACCA